AUGACCGCCACGUCACCACCAGCACAUGAAAAAACUUCGCCAACGAUUGGUGGUCCGGCGGCCAUCGUUCUCAAGACUAGCGGUGGACAUCUUGAUGACCAACAGAUUCCCCUUCCCCAAAUGUGA